AUGGCACUCUUCGUCAAGAGUUUUAACAAGUUUCUCAAGAAGAGUGGCUACAACAAGGAUGGUAGAAGGAAAACCUUCAGCAAGUCAAAGGGAAGACAUUCAUUAAGAAGAUGCUAUGAGUGUGGCAAACCGGGUCACUUCAUAGCCAAUUGUCCAAACAAAAAGGACAUGAAAGAUAAUGAGAAGAAAGAGAAGUACCACAAGAAAAACAAGAGCAAGUAUCACAAGAAGAACUACAAAGUCCAAGCUCACAUUGGUGAAGAGUGGGACUCCAACGACUCUAACACCGACUCCGAUGAGGUUGAAGGUGUCUACACCAUUGCUUUUGCAACCACUCCACCGACCAAGUCACACUUUGAUCAUUCAAGCGAUGACGAGAAACCCAUUUGUCUUACAGAAAAAGGGCGCAAGGUAUCAUCCACUACCAAAUCCCAUGAUAUUGAUGUUACUAUUGAGGAUGGUAGUAGUAGCGAUAGUGAUGAUGAUUUGCUAAAUAAUUUAAGCAAGAUAUCUUUAUCUAGCAUGUGUGAAUUGCUUGAGACAAUAGAAGGUCAAGAGGAAACUCUCGAGAAGUAA